ACAAAUUUAGCGCGAAUUCUGGUUGCCGUCAACUUUUUGUGGUUAAUAUUUGCCAAUGAAAUACACCUUAGAAGGCAGCAAUGCAAGGGUCAUCGCCAAAGCCGUACAAUCCCUGUCCAAGGUGGGCAAGGAAAUGUUCAUUGAGAUCGAUCCCCAAGGAUUGCAAAUGAGGGCCAUAAAUGCCACUCAAUCGGCUGUGGGGAGCAUAUUCUUCAAGCGUUCCAUGUUUGAGGUCUUUGAUACGCCUUCCAACUCGGGUUUCUAUUGCAAAAUCUCCAUGAAGGGUUGCUUGGCUGUUUUUAGGAAUAUGAACGAGGUGGAGUACUGUGAGCUCAACAUACUGGACGAUCAAACCAGUUUGCAGGUGAAUCUGCGCUGCAAGCUGGAGACAACCAAGGAGGCCACCAUUUCCAUCAUUGAUGAUCAAAACAUCAAUACAAACAUCGACACAGACCAGAUGCCAAAUGUAAUCCGCGGCGAUCACAAACUAUUCACGGACAUAUCCAACAAUUUCAACACCACCGAGGAGGAGCUUACCUUGGAGGCAAACUCUGGCAGCUUGGUGGCCAAGAACUACAUAGAAGGAGCCCGGGUGAAUGAUAAGUUUAUGCGAACGCAACUGAAACUCAAGCCCAAUGAGUUUGACCAGUACCAGGUGACCAAGGAGACUGUCAUUACCUUUUGCAUCAAGGAGUUUCGCGCCUUUCUCCUCUUCGCCGAGUGCCUGAAUGCCUCCCUAAACCUGGAGUUCGAUGAAGCCGGUCGCCCAUUUCUUUUGAAAGUCAAGAAACACGGAGAGAUUGAGUGCUUGCUUAUUAUGUCCACGCUGUCGCCGGAUGACGUGAGCUUCUCGGAUGAUUACUGUCAACGGGAUUUGAGUGCCCAGGAUGAAGAUGUGCGAUGUGCGGCAGCGUCGGCAGCAAAAGCUGCGAGCAAGCGAAAGAGCAGCACUCCCGGACCAAGUGUGGCCAGCAAACGCAAGAGCAACCAACCCGAACCGGCUGCAGUGCAGCGAAAAAGGAUAGUGCAGGAGGAAAGCCAGUCGCUAGAGAGUAGUUUGGAAACUCCUCUUUUCCAGUUCAGAAACUCUGAGGCACAGCAGGCUUCUGUGCAGCAGCCACGAAACCUAGCGGAAGUGGACACUGUGGUUUUGAUUGAAGACGAGGCAGAUGAGGAAGCUCUGAUGCUGGCCGCCGCAGAUGCUGCUUUAGAAGCAAGUAUAGCACCGGUUACGGUACCGCCCAGCACGGAGGUGUGCUUCUACAACUCUGAAGAUACACCGGCUCCCGAGAUGCCCUCCGAUGAGGAUGAAACCAUACCUCCGUCGCCGGAGCGACCCACCAAAAUGCGAACCAUAUUUUCACGGUGCUUUCAGAACACCUACGUCCCUCGGGAGCCGUCGCCCAAUAGUCAGGCCUAUGCGCCCAAUUCCGAUACUGAAGAUUAGCAUAUAAUUUGAUCGUUUAACUCGGCAAAUACAAAUAUAAGGAUAGAUUA